ACACUAUUAGUAUAGAAAACAUUUAGUCAUAGAAUUACUUCCUCGUUUUGAAACCUAUUAAGUUUAAAUGUGAGCAGGUGUGCAAGAUGCUUUGUUUUGUUUGCUGUGUUGAGGUGGGGUUACCAUAAAUAUAUGGGCACACUGACAUGUGUUAUGAUAGUGAGUUACCACCUGUUUAACCAUUUCAAAAUUUACCAUACGGGUGGAAUCAUUGUCAUACCUGGCCACCGACCCUGUGAGUGAGUUGUGAGUAUUUGCGUUAUCUAUAAGGAAUUUACAGUACAGGAAACUAUACUAAGAUCAGAUGAGUGUGCAGUGAUGCUGAAAUAUCAGAAAGGAGCUGUGAGAGCAGUGAUGGACAUGAGUGUGUUUGUGCUGCUUCUGCUGUCAGGGCUUGUGUGCAGCACUUCUGGUCUUUGGCGAGAGUAUCACUACAUUAAUAAUAGCAUGACAUGGUCAGAAGCUCAGAGUUACUGCAGAGAGAGGUUUACUGAUCUGGCUACUGUAGACUCUAUGAAUGAUGUGAACAGGAUGAUGAAUAAAGUGAAUGAUGGAUACAGUAGAUCAGUGUGGAUUGGUCUGAAGAGGUGGAAAAAGGGCCAUUGGCUUUGGUCUAUGGAAAAUGAGACUCUUUCACGCUUCAGUCCAUGGAAUCCAGGAGAACCUACUGGUGAUGGAGAAUGUGUCUUUUAUUCCCAUAAACUUUGGUUCGAUUUUCCAUGUGCAUCCCGUUUAUCCUUUGUGUGCUAUAAUAAAAGUACUGGAUAUGUUAGAGUAAAUUCAUAUAAAAACUGGACAGGUGCUCAGAGUCACUGCAGACAGUAUCACACCGAUCUGGCAACCAUCCGCAGCCCUGAUGAGGAGAACCAGUUGUUUUCUCUUGUUGAAGAUGGAUCAAAUGUCUGGAUUGGCCUGUGCUUUGACUCUUGGCAUUGGUCUGACCAAUGGACUCUCUUUAGACACUGGGCAGUGGGAUACACAUACCAAACUUUAGCCUCUGGUGACUGUGUUGCCAUGUCAGCAACUGACUCUGAGUCUGGGAAAUGGGUUCAUGACAUCUGUGACAAUCAACACCAUUUUUUCUGCCAUGGAGAGGACAAGCGUGUUGGAAAACAAAUAGUCAGACUGAACUUGUCCCAUGAUGGCAAAUACAGUCUGAAUGAUUCUUCACUUCAGACUGACAUUCUGAAUGAGAUAAGUGAAAGGCUAAAGUCUGUCGGGCUGGAAGGCUAUAAGAACAUAAUCUGGAGAAAGGAUGAAGGUGGAGAGUUGUUUCAUUUCAGCAAACGCACAGUGAAUUCAAACAAAUGUGAUUAGAACUAAUCUUUAAUUUUCUUCUAAAAAGUUCUCAAAUGAAAUUCAAAAGAGACCUAAAGAAUAAGUGAAUGAAUGAAAAGCUGUAUUUCGAACAUGUAAAAUAAUACAAUUUUAGCUAAUAAAAUAAACAAAACAAUAACAAAAACAAAAUAAUCUUAACAUAUACAUAUCCGAAAAGGAGUAGGAAGAAGCAACAGCUUAUAUAGUCCUACCCCCUUCUCCACUACUCAAUUAUGAUCAUCAUAUUAUCUUUGUAAUUCUGUCCCUAUAAACCUAUAUUAAUAAAUUUAUUACAAUUUGCUGCAUAUGUCUUUUUUAUCCGCAUACAACUCAAAAAUUCCCAAAACCCACAUAGUUACAUUUAC